AUGUACACACAGAUGUACAUGUAUGAAUUUCAGUACAGCAUGCACAUCAAAAGGCUGAAGGCAGCUCUGACUCACCACCCUGCCGCCAUGUCCAAUGGAAACAUGAACAGCAUGGGACACAUGAUGGAAAUGAUGGGCUCCCGCCAGGACCAGACGCCACACCAUCAUCUGCACUCGCACCCCCAUCAGCACCAGACGCUGCCGCCCCAUCACCCGUACCCACACCAGCACCAGCACCCAGCCCACCACCCUCAUCCACAACCCCAUCACCAGCAGAACCAUCCGCAUCACCAUUCCCAUUCCCACCUUCAUGCACACCCAGCACAUCACCAGACCUCGCCACAUCCUCCCUUGCACACGGGCGGCCAAGCACAGGUUUCACCAGCGACGCAGCAGAUGCAGCCCACCCAGACGAUACAACCGCCCCAGCCUACCGGGGGGCGCCGGCGAAGGGUGGUGGAUGAGGACCCAGACGAGAGGCGGAGGAAGUUUCUGGAAAGAAACCGAGCAGCUGCCACCCGCUGUAGACAGAAGAGGAAGGUCUGGGUGAUGUCAUUGGAAAAAAAAGCGGAAGAACUCACCCAGACAAACAUGCAGCUUCAGGUCCCCCCUGAGCUGGAAGCCCCGGACUCCUGGGUUGUGUGCACAGGCAUGUGUAGCGUGUUAGAGCUCUCCGAGAUGAUGUAG